AUGUGGGCCAUUGAAAUACUGAUCAAAAUUUUGCUGACUAAACCAGCAAUGAAUGAGGAUGUACACGGUGUGACAGAAAAAUCACGAAAGAGACAAAACAGUGGCCCAGGGCAUGCCGUCAAUGGCUACCAAAUCGCACAGAGCUGCUUUGCACCUUCCUUGUUCGGUGAGCGCCUGGAGUCAGUAGCAGGGGCUGGAGGGACACUGAAAUUGCAGUUCCUUGGCUGGCUGGUGUCGUCGUCCUUUCGCCACCCACGCCAAGCUGUUCGCAGGACUGAAGUAAUUUUGUCCGAAGGCCAAGUGACUUGCAAGAGUGGAGUGGCUGUAGCAGUUCAGCGUAUCAAUGGGAACAAGCGAGGAGAUGGUGAUGAGGCCAAGUGGAUGCUUGGCACUGCAAUUGGAUUUUUGUUGCCACCUGUUUUGGUUCCAAAUACACCUGACGAUAUUGAUCUAAUGGCACAUAACAUCAGCAUCAUGUUCUACGGAACAGCAAUAGUGUCCACACUUUUGUUCUUCUUAGCAGGAGUUGUGUUUGAAGAAAAGCCCAAAUACCCUCCUAGUCACUCUCAAGCAGUCCUGCAAAAUAUGCCUCCAGAGGACUAUUCCUACAAGCAGUCGAUUAUUAACUUGUUCAAAAAUGUUCCAUUUAUACUUCUGCUGAUCAGUUACGGUAUUAUGACUGGGGCAUUUUAUUCUGUCUCCACGUUAUUAAACCAGAUGAUAGUAACUCAUUAUGAGGGAGAAGAAGUGAACGCUGGGAGAAUUGGCUUGACACUGGUGGUGGCAGGAAUGGUGGGUUCGAUUAUUUGUGGUUUGUGGCUGGAUUACACUAAAACAUACAAGCAAACUACUUUGAUCGUCUACAUUCUCUCUUUCAUUGGGUUGCUGGUAUUUACUUUCACCCUGGACCUCGGAUACCUUAUAAUAGUGUUCGUGACUGGAGGAGUACUUGGGUUCUUCAUGACUGGCUAUCUGCCACUUGGGUUUGAAUUUGCUGUGGAAAUUACAUACCCAGAGUCUGAAGGCACUUCCUCAGGCCUCCUUAAUGCAUCAGCACAGAUAUUUGGAAUUGUUUUUACACUUGUUCAAGGCAAACUCACAACAGACUACAGUCCUCGUGCAGGAAACCUCUUUCUUUGUGCUUGGAUUUUUGUGGGCAUUAUCUUAACAGCCUUAAUAAAAUCAGAUUUGCGAAGACACAAUGUGAAUUCGGGGAUUGUGAAUUUGGAUGUUAAAGCUGUACCAGUUGACAGUCCUGUAGAACCUGAAAAUACUACGUUAAAAAUUCAGUCGGCUUUAUAA